AUGGGUCUCUUAGCUCUGGGAACUGCCCUCGACUGGCCCGAUGCCAAAAAGCGUGCCCCUCAAGUGAGAGAAUGGGGUAUCAAGCAACUGUUGGAGAUAUGGAACAAAGCCAAGGGCAAGGAACGGGACGCUCUUCUGUGGGGUGACGAGGUCGAGUAUCUUGUUGUGGUGUACUCCGAGGACAACCAGCGAGUGCUGCUGUCUCUCCGUCAAGCACAGAUCCUGGAGGCCCUAGCCGCCGAUAAAGACCUCAAGAAGCAAGGCGGUUGUGUCCCAGAACUUGAAGAGGCGACCGGCACAGCCGACACGAAGAAGACGGAACGGACUAUUCCUGUUUUCCACCCCGAGUUCGGGCGUUUUAUGCUGGAAGCUACUCCGGGUAAGCCCUGGGGUAUCGGCUUCAAGGAGCUUCUCGAUGUUGAACCGGACAUGAAGCUGCGAAGGAAGAUUGCCAAGGAGCACAUGCUCUCAACAGAGUAUCCCAUCACCCUCACAACUUAUCCUCAGAUUGGUGUUCCUGGACAGUUUACCGACCCUUACUUCCCACCAUCAGGAUCCCGUCUUCGCUCUCAAUUUGUCCCGGAUGAGAUCGCCAAUCCUCAUAUCAGAUUCCCGACCCUAGCAGCCAACAUUCGCUCACGACGAGGCCGCAAGGUUCAGGUCAACGUCCCCAUCUUUCACGAUAAGAACACACCGAAACCCUGGAAGGAUCCCACUGUAAACUUCGACAAGCACGACUGGCCUGAGGACGACGAUGUGCGAAACGGGGCAGCCCCUGAUGACUUUAUCCAUAUGGACGCUAUGGCUUUUGGAAUGGGCAGCUGCUGUCUCCAGAUCACUUUCCAGGCCAAGAACAUCACUGAAGGACGAAUGCUUUACGACCAGCUGAGCCCACUUGGUCCCAUUAUGCUGGCUUUGACCGCUGCGACACCUGUGUAUAAGGGGUUCCUUGCCAAUACAGAUGUGCGGUGGAACCAGAUUAGCCGCUCUGUUGACUGCAGAACACCACAAGAGCUGGGAGAAGAGCCUCUUACAGAAGGUGUCAGGAGAAUACCAAAGUCGCGGUAUGCAUCUAACUCGACAUAUAUCGCUAUAGACCCGCGGUUGAGAAACGAGUAUCUCGACCCUGAUCUGGUAUACGACUCCGACAUCAAGCGGCAACUCCUCGAGGGCGGCAUGGACGACCGCUUGGCCACCCACUUCGCUCAUCUCUUCAUCCGUGACCCUAUUGUCGUUUUUGAGGAGGAUCUCCAGGAGUUGGAUCUCACCAAGACCGACCACUUCGAGAACAUCCAGUCAACCAACUGGCAGCACAUGCGUUUCAAGCCCCCGCCUGCUGACAACAGCAUCGGCUGGCGAGUCGAGUUUCGUUCGAUGGAAAUUCAGAUCACAGAUUUCGAGAACGCCGCCUUCUCUGUGUUCAUGGUCCUGGUCACCCGUGCUAUCCUCUCCUUUGAUCUGAACUUCUAUAUCCCUAUCAAGAAGGUAGAUGAGAACAUGGAGCGCGCGCACGAGGUGGACGCCGUCUUGAAGGAGAAGUUUUACUUCAGGCGCAACCCUUUCCCUAGCCGUCCCUCCAGAGCAAACACCACAUUCGGCGACGAUAGCCGACCUGGGUCAGCUCACCCUAGUCGACCAGCAUCCCCUGGCGGCCCCGUAGAGCACGAGUUCGAGGAGAUGACCGUCAACGAUAUUAUCAACGGCUCAGAAUCAGGCGAAUUCCCUGGACUCAUUCCCAUUGUCGAGAGCUACCUUGAUAGUGUCAACGUCGACGUCUCGACCAGAUGCCACCUGUCCACAUACCUCGACCUGAUUUCCAAGCGAGCAAGCGGAGAACUCGACACCACAGCACGAUGGAUCCGCAACUUUAUUAAUGUGCACCCCAAUUACAAGCACGACAGCGUGGUCAGCGACGAGAUCAACCACGACCUUAUCGGCGCCGUGAUUGCCAUUGGUGAGCGAGAGACAGCCGGCCGUGACUUUGCAGGUCUCGGCAUCCACGGUCUGGAACGGUUGCUCAACGGUUUCCGUGGAGGUUGCGGCGGCAGCAGCAACGGCAGCUCGAAUAAGACCCCCAACGGAAACUCACACGCGGCAGAGACGGAAGCAGUUAACGGCUCCCUUAAGCGGAAGAGCGAGUGGAUUGAUGGCCAGGAGGUGAUGGCAUCGUGA